GCUUUGUAUCAAGUGUGCUUCAACUCAUAACCUGAAGUAGAUAGCAUUCUGCUUCGUGGCUAGCUCACGAGAUGGCAAAUACACAGCCGCCCUGGUUUUUAAAUUGUCUAAACCGGUCGCAAAAUGCUCGUCCCAUCCGCGGUGCCGCAUCAUUCAAGUCCUGUUAGCCGCUACUGUCAUGCCAACCGAAGCUGGAGAAUCGUCGUCUUCCAAAAGAUAUGCGGCUCCCGAGGACUGGGCCAAUCUUCAGGAUGUCAUCGUGCGACUUUAUGUGGAGGAGAACAAAACGCUAGAAGAGGUCAGGCAGCAUAUGGAAGAAAAUCAUGAUUUCAUCGCAACCAUAUCCAUGUACAAAAGACAGCUCGCGUCUUGGAACGCAUUCAAGAAUCUGCGUUUCGACGAGGUCUUACAAAUCCUUCGCUUGAAGAGACAGCGGGAGGCAGAGCAUAACAGAGGCUCCGAUUUUUUUGUAAGAGACCGGAAAGUGGAGAUUGACAGUCUUCAGAUAUAUAUAUCCCGAAACCCGUCGCUCUACUCAAAGUUGGAAUCCGGCGAAGAGCCCCACUCAGAUGCAGUCCGGGAUGUCAGCUGUCGCACGCCUGCUCCGUUGGAAUCACCUUCAGACUCUCCAGAAAAGCAAAACAAUCUUGUCCAAGAGAAGGCGCCAGAAGCCAUGCUGGGGCCGAGAAGCGGACUUCACACCAGUUUAAUACAGCUUCUUCGCACUUAUAUAUCUGAGGGCUUUCAUUCGGGUACAUGGGUCCGAUCUGCUAGUUAUUGCUGGAGCUUCAAGGGCCAUCGAGGCCCCGCGGAGUUGUUGAAGUCUGUAUUAGACAGGUGUAUGACGGCAGCGUUAUCCGUGGGUCGGCAGGUUGAACCUGCUGCCAUUCGGCACGCACUUGACUCUCCGUUUAGUCUGCUGAUUCGAGUUUUCAAGAACCCUCCACCAGAGAUGAUACCCAGGAUACUCUGUGUUGCGACACGUUUAGAACUUAUUGGUCGAGGGGAAAUACAGGGCAUCCUAUUACAGUUCUGCUCAGAUCUUGCUAGAGCUUUAUAUGGACCAGACCAUUCUCUCUCUAACUUUUGGCAAACCCUUAUUGAAGUACCACAUGCUGAACGAAGUAGGGCCAUCGUUGCUGUACUUGCAGAAUGCGUUUCUGAAUUUGAAGAACACCUUGGUGCUGGCCAUACGCUGUCGACAGAAAUAUACUUGCUGUACUUCGAUGCAGUUGAGAGACAGAAAGACCCGAAGACGCAAGCUGAGAGUAUCGAAUUCCGGCUAUCUAAACUCGAUGAGCAAAAUACCGACCGCUCUGUAUUAGCAAUGCUAAAAUUCGAACAUGCAUUAGCGACAUGCAAAGCGGAUCUUGCUGAUGGCAAACCAGACAAGGCAGACAAUGUCUUGUCUCAGUUGGACGCUACGACUCUUUCUCCCCGGGAUAACUCAUUCCGGUGCGUUUGGCUUGGGUACAUUCGAUGGAUGAGGGGGGAAACUACUGCAGCUGAAAAGGCAUACAAGGACUCGGUCCAGGCGGCAAAGCUGACCGGGUCUCGGGAUUGCGUCUGUGAGGCUCUUUUCCAGCUAGAAACGUUCUACCUACACAUUCAAGAACCACUUCAAGCCGAGGGAGUACGGGCGGAGAGGCUUAAUGCUCUUCGUAAACUGGGCGCUAUCGCUUGGGUGGACCAGGGCACCACGUUGGGAAAGGACUCAGAAACUAGUUCGAAGGUGACUAUUAUCCGCAUAGGUUCCGAUGCGAGCAGCGAGACAUGGGAUGCAUCUGCUUCGACUAUUAUGAUAGAAUAUCACGAUAUAUAUAACCAAGUAGCUACUGGCGGUUAGGGCAUAGAGUACUCAUAAUUAGAAAUGCUGUCAAUUUGAAUAUAUUAUCUCAUCAUCUCGCUA